GCAGAUGACCUAGAAAAAGGAGCGAAAUCACACCCACGCAUAGGAUGUGCGCACAUGACUUCAAUCCGCCGUACACAUUGUUGCUUGCGCAUCAAGUGACGUAAAUACAUUGCAAUUGGACAGGUUCGGCCGGGAGGUCCACGUGAGUUAUAUUUUUGGAUGCUGUUAAAGGAGACGUCCUCGGGUUAAUGUUAUGAAAAAAGUGUGUAUGACGUCCUCGCGCCCAUUCACAGCUCCGUCAACUCACUGCGCAUGCGUGAGCAAACAGGCGGUAAACCCACGGCGAUAAAUUCCCAUACACAAUUUAUUACCUCGCCGCAGAUGAGCAUGUAUUUUUUUUCUUUUUAAAUUGUGAUUUGACCUUUGCAUCGUCUCGACAAUAGAAAUACAGUAUGGCAUUCGUGUAAGGAUUGGGAAGGCGAAGGAAAGAAGCGUGGUGGGAGAGGAGGGGGCGGCUGGGGGCUCCAUCAACAUUCCCAACAAUCAUUUUGAUUGGAGUCGUCGCCGUGCGUGCGAUAGGCGGGCCGAAAAAAAAGCGCUCUUCACAUCCCUCAUCGAACGGGAUUAGGGCCGGGGGGAGGUAAAACACAUGCAGGGGUACGACGGCGGACUGGGCUGAAGACAGGACGACGCGAGACAGAGCGAUCCAUCUCGUGCGGAGAUAUUCCAGAGUUGGAGGACACUUUGACUUCUCUGCAUCCCGUGCGAUGACGGAGAGGCAGAUGCCAACAGAGGGUGGCACUUUGUUUUGGGGCACAUGACUGAGCGAGGAGAACUCUGGCAUUAUACAACAGUUGGCAGGUCCCCGGUGGAAAGUAAGAAUCUUAAUCUCCAAGUGAAAGACUACAAGUGAAGCAGGUUUUCCUUACAUAGCCACCAAGACAGCAGAAGACAUGAGCGAGGACAAGCCUGCUGAGAGUGCGGAGACAGCCCCCUCUGAAACAAACGCUCUUCCCAAUGGGAAAGGUCACGAUGCGGUCGAUGAGACGACUGCAUCAUCCAAAACAUCACCUGUGGAUGAUGGCCCAACAGAAACGGCACCCAACAGUGGCCAGAAUGUUAGUCCCAACAGGACUGAAAAUGCAGAGGCCAACCAGCCAGAAGGAAACGAGUUCAUAUCAGGCGCCGAGAGCAAAACAACGCGAUUUACUGAUUUUGAGGGAAAAACAUCAUUUGGAAUGUCCGUCUUCAACUUGGGCAAUGCAAUAAUGGGAAGUGGAAUCCUCGGACUGGCGUAUGCGAUGGCCAACACAGGAGUCGUUCUCUUUUUGGUUCUCCUAACAGUGGUGGCCGCCCUUUCAUCGUAUUCUAUUCAUUUGCUGCUCAAGUCGUCUGGUAUUGUUGGUAUCCGUGCUUAUGAGCAGCUUGGCUUCAGGGCUUUUGGCACCCCAGGGAAGAUGGCAGCAGGUAUCGCCAUCACAUUGCAAAACAUUGGAGCGAUGUCCAGUUAUCUGUAUAUAGUCAAGUAUGAAUUUCCGCUGGUCAUUCAAGCCUUCCUUAAGGUGGAUAAGCCUGCAGGAGAAUGGUACUUGAACGGCAACUACCUUGUGAUCAUUGUGUCCAUCGCUGUGAUCUUGCCACUGGCACUCAUGAAGCAGCUUGGGUAUUUGGGAUAUACAAGUGGCUUUUCCUUGAGCUGCAUGGUGUUUUUCCUCAUAGCGGUUAUCUACAAGAAGUUCAAUGUACCCUGUCCAUUCGUGGACUUUGCCAUCAAUGGCACUGCCGGUGGCCUCCUUAACAUCACUGAUCCCGGUGGAGAGGGUGACCCUUCCUGCGCGCCAAAAAUGGCCAACCUCAACUCCCAAACUGCCUACACCAUCCCCAUCCUGGCCUUUGCCUUUGUGUGCCACCCUGAGGUGCUGCCCAUCUACACAGAGCUACGCAACCCCACCAAGAAAAAGAUGCAGCAUGUGGCCAACAUGUCCAUCGCAGUCAUGUACGUCAUGUAUUUCCUGGCUGCUCUUUUUGGAUACUUGACCUUCUAUGGCGAAGUGGAGGCCGAACUGCUUCACACCUACAGUCGCAUUGAUCCAUACGACACGCUGAUUUUGUGUGUGCGAGUUGCCGUGCUUACUGCCGUCACACUCACUGUGCCCAUCGUGCUCUUUCCCGUGCGAAGGGCCAUCCAACAGAUGAUGUUCCCAAACAAGACCUUCAACUGGCCACGCCACAUUGCCAUUGCCUUCACUCUUCUCACGUUCAUUAACUUGCUGGUCAUUUUUGCCCCGAACAUCUUGGGCAUUUUCGGGAUUAUAGGUGCCACAUCCGCCCCUUGUUUGAUCUUCAUCUUCCCUGCUGUCUUCUACAUUCGUAUUGUACCCAAAGAAGAGGAGCCACUGCGCUCAACCCCCAAAAUCCUGGCGGCCUGCUUUGCUGGGCUCGGCUUCCUGUUUAUGAUAAUGAGUCUGAGCUUUAUCAUUAUUGACUGGACUUCAGGCAGCAGCAAAGCCAGUACUGGCCACUAAAUAGGCCUCCAACCCUGUCCAUAAGUUCAAUUUUCCUUUUGGUGGAUUUAGUUUACGCCUUGUUCAUUAUGUUUUUACUUUGGAUCUUCCAUAGACAGUUUUGGAAGAAUGACAGGUUUCAAAGGACUUCAUGUCUCUGCACAAAAGCAGGACUCCAUGUGUCUGCACAAAACAAACUCGGUACUGUAAGUCCUGCACACAGCACUACCGGCCAGACAGAUGUCUUUAUGGAGGGGGGGUGGGGUGAAAGUGUGUGCCUUGUGAUGAGAUCUGUAGAUGACGUCUGUUAAGAUGAAAAAGCAACACUGAAGGAAGCUCCUUCCUGUCUUUGUUCAUCUGUACCUGUGAUGAUGAUGAACAUACGGCACACAACUUAGUACUGCUGAAAUAGCACUGCACACAUUCCUUUUGAGCCAGUUGAACUUCAAAAGUGUCUGAAAUUAAGAGAAGUUUCUAUAAUUAAACCUUAAGCUUCCAUCCAAGCCCUUGUGUAGCACAGACAAAGCACAUUUUCAACAACAUUCCUUCCUCUUCAAUCAGUAUUUUAUGAUCGACUGGAUGUUUUUAUUGUGUAAAAAGUAGGUUUGCUCGUAUUUCUUUGAAUUAAUUCCUGGCCUUCCUACAAUAAUUUAAAAAGAAUGAUUAUUCAAGUGGUGUCUUGAGAUACAAGUUUAAAUUCUUCCAUGACGAUGACAGGACAAUUGAAAGUUUAUUUUUCCUAUGUCAAUUAGUUGUUCCCCCAGCCUCCCAAAGAAAAACAAAAACAUUUUGGAAAAUGGAAAAUGUGCUCUUGAAUUAUCAUUAAGAAAACUCUUUAAUGCACUCAAUAAAAACUUACACGUUUUCGUUUUUAUACAAUUUGUAACAUUACCGUAGUUUAGUAACUAGUAAGUGGCCAUAGUUGUUGACAUCGCAGGGCAGCGACGUCACAUGGUUACGCUGCCGGGCUUCCAGAGUAUAACCCUAGCGACAUAAACAUAUCAUCUGUUCAACCCUUUCAAUUUGAACCAGAGAGGAACAUUAAUGAGGAGGACAGCACUGUCGAUAUUUCACAAAACGAGCAGCAAAAGCAAAAUAAAUAGGAAAGACGGGAUGAGAUGAGACAGGGAAAAAAACGGUGUUCUGCGAAAAUGUGCUACACCUGCGAAUUUGACACCCAAAGUACCACCGUGCGCUUUCAGCUUGUUUUGUUUAGAUUGAUACAGACAGAAAAUACUAAUAAUGCCUUGAGAAAAUACUUAAACUUAGUAAUAUCAAAUAAGGGUGGUUUAAAUAUGCUACGUGACUAAUGUGGUCAAUAGAUCAACAAUCUGCUUUCAAGCUACCACAAGAAAACACAAUGCUUAAAAGUAUGAGAGGGAAACACAUGCAAAAAGUAUUUUGAGGCAAUGAAAACGUAAUAAAAGACUCAAUAAAAACACAAAUAGUAAGUAAUCGGCGCUUUUAACCGAUGAGCGCAUGUGUUGGACGUCUCGCCACGUAGAAGGGAUUUGCAGUAUCCCGGUGUUCGGCCAUUCCUUACUACGCGGCGAAACGCCCCUACACAAUGCUCAGCAUGUAUUAAAUAUUAUAGAUGUUUGAAUCAAUUGCCAUAUUUUUUGUAUUUCUAACAGCAUAUUUUAGUAAAAGAGAACAACUGUGGCUUAUUAGAGCCUACGAGGUUCCCUUUAAACAUGCUUACUGUCCCACUGAAUUACUUUUAAACAACAAUAACGCCGCAAAAUGCUUGUCUUCUCAUUGAGUGAGUCCACUCAAAUCCACUCACGCUGCUCACUACCACACAAACAAUGAGUCACCACAGCAAACUACCACUAGUUUUUAACAAGCUCCACGAGCUCAUACAUUCAGCGCCUUUCAUGGUAGGCGCUCCCAAGCUUCUCUGGCAAGAUCAAAGCUUCAGAGCUGUCACUCAUCGUUAACUUAGCAGGCAGCUGUUUGGUGAGCAAGAAAAGCAGCAGGAAGGAGAUGUAAGAGGCUGUGCGUGAUUGGAUCGGGACAUCGCUAUAAAAUACUCUAUUAUUUUUAAUUGGAAAAAAAAAAAUCCGCGAUGGACUGAGUGUGUGAAAUUUGAAGCGUGAAGUAGCGAGGGAUCACUGUACUGUAUUUCACAACAGAAUCACUAGGCUGCAGUAAAGUAGUCACCAUAACAUUUGCCUGUGAGUACUGUUAUAUAUGUAUCUACAUAAGUUGCUACACUGAUUAUGAUAAUAGUGCAUUGGAUUUUAUUUUUCGCUUUUCAGGACACUCAAAGACUUUGCAUCAUUCAUUAACGCUACACAAUAAGGUACCAUCGUUUUUUCGGCUGCCCUUUGGCAGACUGACAAGAGCAAGGCAGCCAGUUCGCUACCAACCACUCAAUCUCGCGCCGCAUUAUGUUCAAAUAUCUGUUAUUUGCAGAACUAUAACACCACAAUACUGAUAUGUUAGCCUGCUAUGGCCUUUUGCAUUGUUUGCAAGCACAAAUCUAGUCAUAUUUUGAUAAUAUAUAAUAUAAUAGGAAAUAUACAAUGUUUGACUCUCUUUGUUUUAUGUUUUAUUUUGAUAAUACACUUCAACAUAGAGUGGCAGUAAACAGGCUUGAGGCUUCUUUUGUUUUUUUUUGUCAACAAAGUUGACUUGAAUUCACUGGUACUGUAAAGCGCUGCUAUCUCAAAUAUCUGCUGUAAAGUUGAGGCAAAAAUUUAGGCAAACAAUGGAAUUUAUCUAAAAAAAACUCAUGUGGCUCACUCUUAUCUCAAGGCACCACUUUUUUGUUGUUGUUGAAGAUUUGUUUUUAAUGAUUACCUAUACUGAAGACCUCAAAAACGUUACCUCUCUGUGUUCCUCCUCGAUGAUUUAAAACAACAAAAACAGUACAGAACGUGUGUUAUUUCAUACAUAACCACAUAAGUAACAGGGUCCAUUCAAACAGUGGCUUUCGACAGUUGUGUCUUCAUUAACGAUAAAUGAUAGACAUGCAAUAGUGUUAGCAUCGUCGCUGUUUAGCAAAGCACUUUCUUUGACUAAAAGCACAACAUCUCGUAGCCGUUCCAACUGACUGAUUGUGUGUGAAACACGUUCGAUGUGUGUGUGUGUCCCUUUUGUAUAACACGAUAUAUGCUGUAUUAAUCAAUCUACUGUAAAUUCCACAUAAGUAGCAACGCGUCAGUGAGUGUUAUAUCAAAUGUUACUUGAAUUAACAUGAACUAUCCUAACGUUUCUCUCCUGAUCUAUUUAAUAGAGCAAAGGUGAACAAUUUACUGUAGUUGGACGUAUUGGUGCAAGUUUUUAAUAUUUAUGAAAGAAAACAUCACAAUUAUGGUGACUAUAUAAUGUGGUGUUGUUAAAUUUGAACUUAUACUCAAACUGCAGUACUACAACUCGAGUGUGAAAGCAAUUGUUUAUGAUGUCGCCAGUUGUGCACAGUUGGCUGAUGCUGCUCAAAAUCAUUAGUGAUCUUGUUAACCUUUCUGUAUUUUUAAAAAAUUUUUUUAUAAAUUGUUAAACCGGUCAGUGCUGUGUGUGUGUUGUUGUGCUUUCAGUUUUUACACAGCAAAUGUUGUCUGUUCCCAUUUUAUUAUUUACUGUGUCUCUGCUUAUGAAGUUUUUCUAAUAGUAUACAGAGCGAUUAAUUUGGGUCAGCCGCUGUGUCCGUAGGGAUUCAAAUGGGUCUCCACAAAACUCCACAAAAAUGAAAAAUAUUAAUAACUGUGGUCUGUGAAAUUCUGUAUCGGUGGAUGAUGCAACAAAACCUCUUUGAUUCCUUUGCCAGUUCUCAGUAAUCUUUGUGAUGUAUUAAAUAAAAUGUAACAUUAAACAGUGACAUUGGCCAGCAUUUAUAAAUAAAAAUGUAAAUACAUGUAAACCCUUUAUAUCCAAUAUGCAUAUUAUCCAGUUUGUAUAAUGUAUAUAGCAGUUAUAGUUUUAGCCCCCCCCAAAAUAUAUAAAAACUUUUAAAAGUGCUUUUAAACCUCUUGUCCUUCAAUUGGUGUCUAUUUUCUUGUAUGUCUAUAUUUUAAUAUAUCAAUGGCAGUAUUGUACUGUAAACGAUGUUGCAAUAAAGAUAAUGAAGUACCUCUUC